CCAACGGCCUUGAUUAACGAUGUUCGUUGCCCAUGCAAAGUGGAAAAGUCGUCCGAGCGAGCUUCAACUCGUCACACCAAUCCCGGCUGUCACAUAUCUAGCUAGCUAGCUAGCUAUAUAUAUUGAGAGUUGAGACCAAGCCAUGACAAAAUCACACAAGCUCGCAUUUUCUUCACAAUUGAAGUGCAUUGCAGAUGGCCUUGGCGCUUGCACCGGAGAGCAGGUCACAUGACCGAGAGGUGGCCGGAGGCCUAGCAGAAGGCAAUCAGUCGGGCGGCCAGCGGCGGGAGCGCAUGUUCGAGAAGGUGGUGACGCCGAGCGACGUGGGGAAGCUCAACCGGCUGGUGGUGCCCAAGCACUUCGCCGAGAAGUACCUCCCGCUGCCGCAAGCGGCGAGGGGCGGCGGCAACCCGGCCGGUCCGGUGGGCACCGUGCUCAGCUUCCACGACACGCGGGGGCACGCCACGUGGCGGUUCCGCUACUCCUACUGGAGCAGCAGUCAGAGCUACGUGAUGACCAAGGGGUGGAGCCGCUACGUCCGCGACAAGCGCCUCGCCGCCGGCGACACCGUCUCCUUCUGCCGCGACGGCCCUCGCCUCUUCAUCGAUUGCCGCCGCCGCCGGACGCCGCCGGACGUGCGGGUCCUUGUACCACGACAGGCCUGCUUGGUCCCCCAGGUGCAGCACUUGGCGCCGCGCGUAGGCGGGGUGGCCGUCGUUGAGGAGGCGCGCGGCCGGUGCCUCCGGCUGUUCGGCGUCAACCUGGAGCUCCGCGCAGAGCCGGUGCUGCUUGAUUUGCAGCUUUAAUUUUAGUUGCAUCAAUCCAUUCGUAUACAUGCACUGGGAAUUAAGGAUAGAUCCAAUUCUAACUGCUAAUGAGUGCCUUGGCAUUCAUGAUUUCAUCAUCUAUAGUACUGAAUUUUGGUAGCAGGGCCUCGAUCGCAUGAUUUCGAUUGUAACCAGAAUUGCUCGAGCGGUGUUAACAAAAUAAAACACCAUGCAACAAAUUCUUGCACGAAACUCGAAACAUA